CCGAGCUGCUGGUUGGGAUGAGCAGAAUCUGUGACAUCUACAGAUCCAUCGAUCCGAGUGGUCAAGAAGCAAUUCCCGAGGACAACAAACCAUCCGAAGAACGGAGGAGCGAUACAUAAAUAGAAGGACAAGGAAGAAGGCCAAAAAAAAUAAACGGAACGAGCGGGGGAUGCCGUCGAACACACACAAGAACCGAGGAGGCGGACGCGGGAAAGGGUGCAAGCCACGCCGACUGGGCACCAGUCGUCCCCAGAAAGACAUCAGCCAUUACCAGUCUGACGGCUUCAACAUCGACCGGCCUGGCUCGUUGGUCAAAACCCAGGAACAGGAAACUCAGAUCCAGCUCGAGCUCGACCAGAAGAAAAUUCACGAUCAACUCAAUGGUCUCCAGCUAGAUUCAAACGACCAAGUGAAAAUCGAAUUUCCUGUAGCUAUGUGGGAUUUUGAUCAUUGCGAUCCCCGAAAGUGCACGGGAAAGAAGUUAGGUAGACUGGGGUUGAUGACCGAACUACGAGUAGGCCAAAGGUUUCGAGGGAUAGUACUCAGUCCGGAAGGGACGAUACCAGUGAGCCCGGGCGACCUCGAGCAGAUCACGAAGCACGGGAUUGCGGUCGUCGAAUGUUCGUGGGCCCGGUUAGAGGAGAUUCCGUUCUCGAAGAUCCGGACCACUGGCGACCGCUCCCUGCCCUACCUGACCGCCGCCAAUCCAGUCAACUAUGGCAAGCCUUACAAACUGACCUGUGUCGAGGCCGUCGCUGGCUCGCUCGCAAUCGUUGGCCUCCAGGCUCAGGCGGAAUUGUUGCUGCAGAAAUUCGGAUGGGGACAUGCCUUUUGGUCCCUCAAUCAGGAUUUGAUUCAAAAGUAUCGUGCAUGUGAGGAUAGCCAAGCGAUCCAAUCGGUCCAAGAAGAGAUCCUCGAGACGAUCGAAGAAGAAGCGAGGGAACGACGUCGGACUCCUGAAGACGACGAUCUUCUCGUCCCUAAUCCUAAUCAUAUCAAUCAUCAUCUAGAUGAUGACGAGGAGGAUGAGGAUUCUUCAGAAAAUGACGAAACUCGAAGCGAUCCAGAAUAGUUUUUUCUUCCACAUCAAUUUUUUUUUUUUCAUUGUCAUGUACACAUAGAAACAUUCCCAUAAAAUACAUAUACUACUUGUGUACUAAAAACGAAAAUCUCGAGCGUCAUCGCUUUUGAAGGCGAUCAUCGAGAGGAAUACAGGAACAAGAAGGUGCAAGACAAGAUAGCGGAUUCGAUCUGCGGCAACAUGGUUGAUAACUUCAUGUCUACGGUCAAGCUUCAGCCGUCCCACGUUUUAACUU